GCUAUGUAUCCGCAACCAAGCGCAAUAGUCAGCGUGUAGUCAGCAAAGCUUCCGACUGAGACGGUUCUCUUCUUUGUUAACCAUAUUGGUAAUAGGUUGUCUUGCACUUUAUUUUAUGUACCGCGCUCUAUAUUAUAUAGCUGGCACGCUCUAAGUGGAUGAUUCCAUUAUCACACUUUCGUGUCUUAUCACCUUACGUUCGUUCUAUAACCACCCGUCGUCUCCAAUUCCAAAAGCACCGUGGUCUCGCUAUGGUUGCCCACGAUUGGCAGAGGGUUGAGAAAAACGCGAACGUGCCUGCUUAUACGAUUUUCACGAAACCAAUAGAGAAGUCCCAACUUGAUGAGCGCGAGUACAAGUUGAUCAAGCUCGAAAAUGGCCUUUUGGCCAUGUUGGUCCAAGAUGCCAAGGCCGAUAUCGCCGCCGCAAGUUUAGACGUUGCAGUUGGUCACCUGUCGGAUCCAGAUGACAUCCCCGGCCUUGCUCACUUUUGCGAACACUUGUUAUUCAUGGGCACCGAACAAUUCCCGAUAGAAAACGAGUACUCCGAAUAUCUUUCCAAGAACAACGGCUAUUCAAAUGCCUAUACAGCACCGGCAAACACCAACUAUUUUUUCCGUGUUGCUACCUCAGCCCUUCCCGGAGCGUUGUCGCGUUUUUCCGCGUUUUUCCACUGCCCUCUCUUCGCGCCCUCAUGUACGACGCGGGAGAUGAAUGCAGUCGACUCAGAGCAUUCGAAGAACCAUCAAGCGGAUCCAUGGCGCGUCUUCCAGCUGAACAAAAGCCUUACCAAGGACGGCCAUCCGUGGAGCAAGUUCGGCAGCGGGAAUCGCGAGACGUUAAGUGCCGCCGGGAGAUCACUCAAGGUGGCGAAUAAACUAAACGGGACAAAGAAUGGGACAAAUGGUGCAGCAGAUGGUAGUCCACCAGUAUCACCUGAUGGAAGUCUAUCGUCUUCACCGCUCCCUUCGCGUAUUCCAUCGCCAGCCCUGUCUAAUACGUCUGCGAGCAGUGAGAACGAACCAGACGGCGGUGUCAUUGGGCGUGAAACCCGCAGACGGUUAGUUGAAUGGUGGAGCAGAGAAUAUUGUGCAGGCAGAAUGCGACUUUGUGUUGUUGGGAAAGAGCCACUCAAUGAGUUGGCUGACAUGGUCUCGACCUUGUUUACACCCAUUAAAAACCGAGAGCAAGAUCCACUACCCGUAAUUCCUGAUCAUCCAUUUGGUCCCAACGAGAUGGGAACCCUAGUUUCCGUUCAAACCGUCAAGGCCUUCCAUGCUAUUGAAAUAUCGUUUCCUCUGGUGUGGCAAUGGCCGCUUUGGCGGUAUAAGCCUGCACAUUUUAUUUCACACUUUGCAGGCCACGAGGGUCCUGGUUCGCUUUUUUCGUACCUCAAAAACAAGGGGUGGGCGACAUCGCUCAACUCAGGUCCGCAACCCCUUGCACGAGGCUUCGAAAUGUUCAAAUUCACCAUUCAUCUGACCAAGCUCGGCUUCGAGAAUUACAGUUCGGUGGCGCUUGCGACAUUCAAAUACAUUUCCCUCUUGAGGUCUUCUGCAUUCCCAAAGUGGUACCAAUCGGAGCUUGUCAAAAUUGCGCGCACGAGAUUCCAAUUUGCUGAGAAGCAGAAUGCGGAGAGUUAUGCGCUUUCGCUUUCCGAGAGGCUGGGCAAGCCUGUCCCCCCUGAAUUGAUACUCUCCGAGGUGGCUGUGCCGCGUGACUGGAGUUCUGAAGACGGAGAGCGAGAAGUUCGUGAGAUCUUGGAAGGCAUGCGUGUCACAAAAGGCAGGGCGGUGCUUAUGGCGAAGAAAGAGGAGCACGAGCGCAUUUCAAAGAAUGAACAAUGGGAGCAUGAGAAAUGGUAUGGUACGGGGUACAGGGUAGAGCGGUGGGAUCCGUCGUUCGUUGAACAGGCCGAGGGACCCAAUGAUAUCACGGAACUGUACCUCCCAAGACCGAAUGAAUUCAUACCCACCAACUUAGAUGUGGAGAAACAUGACGUCCCUGAUCCCGCUAAACGUCCUCACCUUGUCAAACAGACGCCACUGGGGUCUGUGUGGCACAAGAAAGAUGACCAAUUCUGGCUUCCAAAGGCAUCGCUCGUAGUAGACCUUCGUAGCCCGAUUGCAGGCUCGUCUCCGCGCGCUGACACUAUGACACGGCUUUUUGCUGACCUUAUAAAUGAUUCGCUGCAAGAAUUUGCAUAUGACGCAGAUCUCGCCGGACUUGUCUUCAACUGUGGCUCCCACCACCUUGGACUGAUGAUCACUCUAGAUGGGUAUAACGACAAGUUACCUGUCCUUGCUCGCCGCGUUUUGGAGACUGUGAGAAAUCUACAAGUCGGCGAGGACAGAUUGGCAGUCAUCAAGGAAAAGGUUAAACGUGACUGGGAAAACUUCUUCAUGGAGCAGGGUUACCGACUAUCGGACUAUUAUACGCAAUACAUGCUCACUCAUCACACUUGGACUAUCACAGACAAGUUGCAGGAGGUCUCUAGUGAGUCCCAAGGACACCAAAAUAUUUUUGAUGAUGGCCUAACUAUGACAGACGUCACGCAGGAUGAGUUGCAGAGACACAUCGGUGAUUUCUUAGCGCGCCUGAACAUUGAGAUGUUGGUAACGGGCAACAUGCAUAAAGACGAAGCCAUUGGUUUAUCAGAAAUGAUAGAGAACAUUCUAGACACUUCUCCAAUGCCAGCGGACGAGACCGCUCAACGCGCCCUCAUCCUGCCAGAAGGCUCCGAUUUUAUCUGGAAGUCACAUAUACCCAACCCUAAUGAUCCCAACUCGUCUCUGACUUAUUAUCUUCAACUUGGAAGUUCCACCGAUGCCCGCUUGCGUGCAACAUGCUUGCUCCUUAUACACAUGAUGUCCGAACCUGCUUUCGACAUUCUUCGGACAAAGGAACAACUUGGCUACAUUGUCUUCUGUUCAGAACUGCAACUAUCUGGAGCAUCGCUUCUGGGACUGCGGUUGGUAGUUCAAAGUGAACGCAGCCCUGCCUACCUGGAGCAGCGAGUAGAAGCAUUCUUGGAUAUUAUGAAGAGUAAGAUCGAAGAUAUGGAACCUGCCGAUUUCCAGCAGUUCAAAACUGGCCUACGGCAAAAGUGGACUGAAGUCAUCAAGGACUUGAGAAAGGAACGAUCGAAAUUUUGGGAACAUAUCGAUUCAGGGUACCUGGACUUCCUGAGACGCUACAAUGAUUCGGACCUACUGACAGACAUUACUAAGCAUGAUGUCUUGGAACUCUUCCUAUCUCGCGUUCACCCCUCGGGAGUUAAACGUUCGAAACUUUCCGUCCAAUUACAGUCCCGAAAACCGCGGCCCCCACGGAUUAGCGUCAGUGCUGCAAAUGCCUUCGAAGAUUUAGUCAGGACUGGAAACCUAUUCGCCGAGACUUCAGGGUGGAAAGAGGAUAUGACUGAUGAGAAUCCUUUUGCGACAGAAUUCGUAAAAUACUGGCAAGAGGCACUCACCGGGGUAGCCAAUUACGAGGAGCUGAUGAAGAAAAUUCCCGAGUUGAUGAGGCAGUACCCGGUCGAUGAAGAAGUACGGAACGUUCGGACGACAGGGGUGACUUUCAUUGAAAACGUCAAAGACUUCAAAGCAACCCUUGAAGUUACAGGGCUUCCGAAGCCCAUAGUGGAGUGGGGGGACCUGCCUCUCGCCAAGCUUUAGUUAUUGAUAUUACUUACCGUUUUGUUGCCGUGUACUUAUUUGGAUUCGCUGUUUUCCAUGAGAUUGAUACUUUC